GGAGUUCGUGUGACGUAUCGCUGACAGAAGAGUAAAGAGCGUCGAUGUAGUCGGUUCGCUUCGUUCGUGGGAGAAAGAAACAGAUCAGCACAGUGGCGUUUGCUGAGGCACCCGUAGGACUUCUGGGAACGGGCAGGCUAAUGCAGAAAGGCGUUUCCAGAACGAAAAUGAUUUUCCGCUCAAUUCACCGGGACGGAAUGAGCUCUGGGUCCACUAGUCGAGGUUAAUGCCUGGUGUUAACAGUGUGGAUUGUACAUUGUGCGGAGCAGUGAUCGUUUUUUCCCCUAAUUGUCCGUGAUUGUUCAUCUUCAUACACUUGUUGCGUACGAGAAUGUGUACUGUGUGGGUCGAAAAUCGGACCUAAAGUGAUGUGAAUUCGUAACUACUGCAGUGUUGUGUUAAAAAGCAUCGUGAUUGGAAUAGUUUUGGAGAGAGCUAAUAGUAACAGAAGCGAAAAGUGAAGCUAGUUUCCGGGAAAAAGAAAUCUUCCAAUUUCGAACUACUGUUCCUGGAAGCGACGUAAAAACUGUUUCUCGGAAUUUGACAGCAGCACAAGCCGAUCUUACGCACACACUCGAAUCGCCGAUAGUCAGACGAGAGUGUGUUUUGGAUGUGUUGUGUUUGAGCUGCGACGCUUUGCAAUACGAAGUGCUGAACAAAACAUAAUACAGAAAAAAAGUGUAACACUACUACAGGAUAUAAUCAUCAUGAAUCGUAUUGUGUUUGUAGUAUUAAUCUGCUGGGUGAGUUGCGUGACUUCAAAAAAUCGACUCGAAAAUGCCGCCGCGCUAGGAUGGAUAAUUCCAACAGAACCCAUUUACCGGGAGGUAAAUGAUUCUUUCUCGCUGCAAUGUACGCUUAACAUGCGUUCCGCAGAGGCACGAUGGUCAAACAGCAGCAAUCUCAUGUUUUUCCAAGGCGAUGUACCAGUACCGCGGGAACAAGUGAAGAUACUUAAUGAUUCCACCAUUGAGCUUGUGGUAGAGAAAGCGGAUCCGCACAUGAACUUUGCAUACACAUGCAAAGUCAACGAUACGCAGGGUGUGGGUAUCCGCAGCGUCUAUAUUGGGCAUAAACCGCGAGAGGUAAAGGACUUCAAGUGUCGUGCUCCGCUCUGGGAUAAGCACAUGGAGUGCACCUUCACACCGGACCCCAAUUCCAUGGCUGCAACGUAUGAAUUGGUGUUUUAUUUUAAACCAAUUAUACAAAAUUUCACCUGUAAACUGGAGACAGAUGAUCAGACAAAUCUUACGAAGUGCAUCAUCAACGUCGAUACGGGAUAUCGAAAUGUCAACGAAAAAUACUAUUUUAUUCUGACCGCGUCCAACCACCUGGGCACGCUAAGCCAACGCUUCAUUAUAAAUCAUUUCGACGUGGUUAUUCCUCAUCCGCCGAUCGGGUGCGUUAUCGAGGACGUAACGUCAAACAGCGCAGUACUUAAGUGGAGCAAGUGGUACAAGUACGAUGGGUUCAGUCGAAAUUUUAUCUGCGAAGUUAAGCUGCUGUCAAUUUUUGAUAAUAACGUAUGGCGCACAGUAAGCAACGAGGGAUUGCAGCUGAACCACCGGGUGUAUACACUGCCUUUGCGGAAUUUGCCGUACGCCGCGACACCGUACGACGUGCGCAUUAGGAUGCGUACCAACUCGACGGAGACCGGUAGUGAUUUGUGGUCAAACCAUACGAGCUGCCUAUUUGACACCUUGCCCCGCAAACCUGAUAUGCCUCCGGAAGUGGCCAUCGGCGCCUUUGAGAACUCGAACGAACACCAUCUGUUCAUAUACUGGCGUGAGCUGGACGACUGGCAGCAUAACGCACGCAGUGGAUUCCACUACAAUAUCACUCUGAUUGACCAGCACGGAAGAAUUGUCGAACACCUUAACACCACCGGGGGCAUGAUCGAUCGACAUCAUUUAGUUGACAUGAAUUACACAUUCGUAAUAAAAAGUGCCAACCCGGAAGGUAUGUCCGAACAAGCCAGCAAGGUGUUUGUUCCAGCUCGUCGCCAUCGCCUUGACAAGCCUUCAAUCGACAAGCUGCUGUCGGAUUCGGGCAAAUUUACGCUGUCCUGGAAACCACCUUCAAGGAUCCACUCUCCAAUUACAAGCUACACCGUGUUCUGGUGCAAUACGACUAGCAACUCUCCGAACGAUUGCAAUGGAUCCAUAAACUUUACCAGUGUUGCCGCCGACCAGACCACUUUCGUGCUGAGCGAUGUUGGGUCUACGAUUAACUUUGCGGUAGCUGCUAACGCUGGACGUGUGUCGUCGGGGAUGGUGUGGGCAGCGUGUACAGCUACGCACAAAACCGACAUUGGCAAACUGAAAACUAUCUGGAUCAGUGAGAUGGAUUCGUCGCAAAUUCAUCUCAAGUGGAAAACGGAAUGCGUUGAUGUGGCACAUGUGGGAUACAUGAUCUACUACUGUUCGAUCUCGUCUCCACGUACGCUCGGCUGCAAGGAACCAGAGAUGAAGAUUAAUGUGACGGAUAAGACUCUGGACCACUUUCUGUUGGAAAAUCUCCAUCCAUACGUGACAUACAAAAUUGAAAUUGCCAUGUACUCCGAUACGCACAUUGGGCCACGCAGCGUGCCGUUAGUAAAUACUACUAUGGAAGCAGCUCCAUCACCGCCACGAAACUUAGUAACGGAAAGAGUAACAAAUAACAGUAUAUCCCUCCACUGGGAACCUCCGGCACACAUAAACGGUGGAAAGAUGUUCUACUGGGUGUUUUACAAUGGUCAAUUUUUAAAGCAUGAUGUUGAGGAACCGAGUACAAAUGUUACAUUUACGCUCGAUAAUCUAGACGCAUUCACUGAGUACAAUAUCACGGUCACUGCUGAAACGGUGAAACCUUCGAACAGCACUGAACCGGUGCAUGCUCGAACGCUGGUAGGGAAUCCGUUAGUGAUCGGACAGCCGAGUACGAACAGCUCGAACGAUUCCAAGCUAACGAUUGGAUGGAACUCGCCGUCGAAACCUUCUGGCUGUGUAGAGUUUUACGAAUUAAAGGUGAAAGCCAAUCAGAUAAUUGUGUACCAACAGCGCAAGACGGAAUGUCAACUGAGGGAACCAAUAUGCCAAAAUCGAGACAGCUCAAAGUACGAGUUUCUGGUGCGCGCAGUAAACGUUGACGUUACCGGUCCGAUAAAGACUGCUUUCGAGGAGCUGUCGUGCAGUGAUCGCUGGACGGAGCUGAAUAAUAUGUGGCCCGAGCUAAAACGCUUCGUAGCGCACGCAGAAUGUGGAACGAGCGACGCGAUAGCCAUGCAAUCGAACGGAUAUUCUUGGCUUAGUGAACUACCACCUAAUAUUCGUCUACACUACGGUCCGUGGUCUGAACCGUUGGCACACUGGUGUUCGAUGGAGAGUAAGAACACGUUGGCACUUUUUAUCCUGGUAGGCAUUGCAAUUGCCAGCGGUAUAGCGAUGUUUAGUUACUCGUACGUUAAGGUGAAGCAUGUUCUGCAAGUGAAGGUUAUCAUACCAGACGGACUGAAUGAUAUAACAGGAUCCGGCAAACCAUCCGGUUUUGGCGCUGUUAUUGGGCCAGCGGGUAUCAUCUUUACGGAACAUCACCGCGUCGAUCACAUCAUAACGGGUGGUUCCACCAAAGAGGCCAGUUACAGUAAGGAGCAGAAUCAAUGUCUGUUACCGUCCUCGUCCUCCUCGGGUGGUAGUAUAGCCGACCUAAGCAGCCAUGAGCCACGAUCUUCGGCAGACUAUUGUAGCAACAGUGGAUGCUGUGAGGACGACAGUACAAGCUUUUACGAUCAGGAAGCAGAAAGACAAGACCUACACGGGUACAGUGACGAUACUACGGAAUCUAUAGAAAAUAGCCACGAAACGCACCAGGGCAGUAGUACUAGCAGCAGAUCGGCAGCAAACGAUGAUUUGGGCUCAUCUUUUGGACGCACCAAUCUUGGAACCGUGAAUCAUCUGCCAAUAAUGCCUGUAACAUCGAUGGAAGGCAAGAGUAGUCAGAACAGAUCAUCAUCGGCCAUGCCGAUUACUGUCACUUCAGGCUACGUUCCAGCACCGGUAGUUAAUACUGUUAAACAACCCAUCAGCUCAAAUGGCUACUUACAAAUCGGAGCCCUUAAUAACGGUGGCAUGAUGGCGCCUUUGGAUACGAUGCAGAAAUCGUACAAUGCUAAAAUGGCAGCCGCAGCACCAAUAUCAGGAUACGUGACGCAUAAACAGUUAUCAGACUAUGGGCAACAUUUGAAAUAAUUCGUUAAACACAAUGGAUUUUACAAGAAUGAUCUUUAUCUUAAAAAGUAGUUAUGUUUCCAUCGCAGGGAAUGUCGAAUUGUGGCAGCACCACCUUCUGGGUGAAAAUGUUGAUUAAGCUUGAAUCUUAAAACGAGAAAUAGUGUUACCCCAGGAGCUUUGACCCGUAUGCUCGUAUUCCUUAAACACAGAUUUUCUCUUACAUAGUCACAACCGCUCACUUAUACACACACUCACACCGUCACAGGCGCUCACAGAUGGAUUGGGAAAUUAAAAUGAGCCAUUUUAUCACGGUUGUUAAACCACAAGUACUGCUGGAUAUGUCAACUAUAUGUCCUUAAACGAUAAUAUCAUUAUUAGCGUGCAUUGGUUGAUAUCCCCAUCGCCGACGAAUCAUUAAUUCUUGGUUACAAGAAUUGAUCUCAGUGAAAUUAGGAAAUCGCUCAGUGCGAAUAGGUGGUAGAGAGGUGGUCAAGGGACGUAUGCAUAGCGGGACGCUUUUUUAUUUCUUUGCUCAAUUUAGGACCGAUGUAACCGAUGUGAGCCACGGAAAGAAUCCUAUUCGUACCUGUAUGUGUUCGUACUGAUGAACAGCAACACAGAAGAUAGCCGAGCUUAGUGUUUAGAACUGACGAACUAAACAAUCCACCAGCGCGCACACACACACACACACACUCCCCACACACCCACAAUCACUCAUGGUGAUGGUCACCAAUUUUGUCGUAAUCAGGUAUAAUAGACGUAUUUGUGUAUGUGUGUGUACAUGUUAAAUGGGGUACGGUGUUUAUCGCAUUCACCUUUCACCACAAAUCUCAUCUAUGCGACCUAUUAAAACAUCCUUUUCCUGAACAAACUUAGCUGUUUUUCGGGCCCCGUGUGUACGUGGGGGGGGUCUCUUUUAGUUUUUAUUCAAACCACUUGCUGUAAAACUACUGUGUAAAUGAUGUGUGAAAGGUCUGAAAAAUAAAAUGCCAUCCGAAGGACACGAUACUUACAAUCAUA